GACACUUAAAUAAUAAUGCAGAUCGAGAGAACGUGAUCAUGACGUGUAUAUAAACUGGAUUUUGGGUGGCCACAGUUUAGUUCAGGUGAGCUCAGCUAGCUAGCUAGUAACCAUGGGAGAUUUCAAGCACUUGGUGAUUGCUAAGUUCAAGGAAGAUGUGGUGGUGGAGGAGAUUUUGAAAGGGAUGGAGAAGUUGGCUUCUGAUCUUGAAGCUGUCAAGUCCUUUGAAUGGGGGCAGGACAUUGAAAGCCAAGACAUGCUUAGACAAGGCUUUACUCAUGCCUUCAUAAUGACAUUCCACAAGAAGGAAGACUUCACUGCAUUUCUCGGUCAUCCUAAUCAUGUCGAAUUCUCCACAACAUUUUCUGCAGCUAUUGAAAAGAUCGUGCUGCUUGAUUUCCCAGCUGUUCUUGUCAAGGCGCCAGCAUGAUGAUGAUCAAGAAAACAUUUAAAACAAUAAAGAAAUUAAGGUGUCCCAAGGAACAGUACUGGGACGUGUGUGCGCUUGUUUAUGUAUGCAUCUGUAUGUGUUCUUGCUAGUCUGAUAAUCACGGGUCUUGUUGCAGUACUUGAUCUUGAAAAAAAAACAAGACCACGUUUGCUAAUUUCUAGGCUGUAUACUAUGAAUUUUUGUUCAA